AUGUCCACGACGAACGACCAAAACGCUACAUUGGUAGACGAAAAGAUCAGCGACGGAUAUCUUGUGACCGGAAAGUCAGGAAUCUAUACCCAGCCAACAAGCCUUCAUGGUAAGGUGUGCAUCGAUCGUCAUAACGGUGAAGCAUGGCGACAAGAGUGGAACUCAGACAAGGAGCAUGAGCACCUACGUCUAGUGGAUGUUGCUGACAAACGCGGGAUAUGUAUUCCAGGCUUUCUCAUCGUCCCCAGUGAGCUCGAAACGAAGAUUGGCAUUCGCUGGACGCAACCGAACGCAGAGCCUGUAAACAUCUACGUAUACCCAGCGUUGGCACCGCAGGUCCUGGAAGAGGAUAGGAUCAGCGUCUCACUGGUUCCACCAACAUCGAACACUCACGAUGGAGAUGUAUAUGCUCGAGCGCGGCGACACCGGAGCGGGACGUGGGACUUGGUCAUUGAGGACGAUGAAGUCGUGUACCAGCGCAUGUCUGGCGACGACCUGCCACCCGAAGUCUUCGUGCCAAAAUACUUUAGAUUCCGCGCGGAAUCAAAGAUCGAAAUUGAGCGCUUCAAGAAAGGCUGGCAAGUACGAUUCCUUAGCUGCGGUUCCACCACCAAAGCAGCUAUCAAGGGAAACCUUCCAGGCGAUCCGAAACGGGAGUUCAUCAAGGAUACGUCUUAUUACGCGCUAUACCCGCCGUCAGCUGAGUUCGAGCACGAGGAGUACGAUGCUGGCAGUGAAGACGAGGAUGAGGAUGAGGAUGAGGACGGGGACGACGAUGGGGAGGUGAAUGUCGCGAGGCGGAGCAGGCGAGAGAAACACCGAGACCGUAAGACAUAUCCAACAUGGAGGCCGGAAGUUGCAAAGCACAACAAGGAUGACUGGGAGGAGUUUGUGGAGGGACUGAAGCGCAUUGUUGAGGAGGCGGGUGCAUUGUUCCUCUAUGUCUUUGAGCGCAAUUCGAGCUGGGUCACUCUAACCCUCGACUUAGAAGACCCGAACGCACCAAAGAUGCAGCUUGACAAGAACAGACCCGUCGAUCUUCGGAAGCAAGACGAUGCCGAUGAGCCCUUCCACAUCGACUAUUACACCUUCAAAUACGGAUACACCCUGCGUCUCAACAACUGCGGCCACACUACACUGAUCAAGGGUCACCCUGUGGAAGGAAAGAUGUACAAGGGAAAGAGCACGAAGCAUAGCUUUGCCACAAUCCGUUGGAAAGAGUUUCACAUGCACUUACCUGCUGACCGUUGGCAUGCUCAACUCAAGCAUGAAUGGCCUAGAAAGUACAGCGGUAGGGCGCAGGGUAUGCACAAAGAAGACUAUGCGAAACACAAUGUGAUCGUGUUCCCCAAGUUUAUGGACAAGCUGGAGGAGAUUAUUGGAGAGGGGAGAAUACGGAGGUGUAAGCUGAAGGACGGUGAGCUUGUUGAUGUGGAUGCAGAAGAUGAGGCGGAAGGCGAAGAAGGUGAGGAUAGCAGUGGGGAGGACGGUGGUGGGGAAGCUGAGAUGGAGGAAAGUGAUGAAGAUAGUGAGUAG